ACCCAGGCAGUGUCCAUGCCCAGCCAGUGCGGUCCUCGUGCGCGGUGCGCCUCCACUCCACGUCUCCACCUCGUCGCCUCCGCCGCAGCGCCGAGGCGGGACCCGCGCAUGGCCGCCGGCGUGCUGUCCACCGUCCGGUGGUCCACCGCCUGCGCGGCGCUGCUCAACGCCGCCGCCGCCUCAGCGGGCGCCGCCGUCGCGGCCGUCGCGCUCCGCCGCUGCGGCGGGGGUGGCGCCCUCGGCCCGGCCGCCGCCGUCGCCUCCGCGGCGUCGGUGGCGAGGAUCCUCGCUUCUGCGGUGGCGGGGUUCGCGCAGGGCGCCGCCGCCUCAGCUAUUGCCGCCGGUGCCAUCGGGGCCCAUGUCGACAGCGAGCGCGACCUCCGCCAACUCUCCAGGCUACGGUACAAGAGAUGGCUUUGGUGGACACGAUUUGGAAUGGUCAUCACGAUGCUGCAAUUUGUGUUGGCAAUUUAUUUGAUGUGUAUCAUCAUAAAGGACAUCUUAGCUGGAGGCUUUUUAAAACAGUGCUUUUCAGGACAAAAUCAGGGAAACAGUGACUCGAAGCGUAUCUUGUUAAUAAUUUUUCUUGUCAGUAUGUGGGUGGCAAUUAUAGUUCAGUGUGCUACUGGUUCUGAUGUACUAAGGUGGAGAGCAUUUUAUGCAUCCCAUGAUAUUGCGUGGAGAGCACACUACCGAGAGGUGUUUGAUCAUGGAAUCCGUGAAGUUUUGUGUUGUCUAGGGCGGGUUAAGUAUUCGAGUGUAUUGGAAGAUGAUGAUAUAUGUGUCGUGGCAAAGUUAUUGGGCGACCUUAUGGCUUAUCGUGCAUCUGGAACUGGUCAUCUUGAGCUCGUAGCAGGGCUUUCACUACUGCAGAAAUCUAAGUCGUCCACAGUUAUUUCGAAAGAACUAGUGGAGGCUCCUCAAGAUCUCAUCCAAGAGGCUGUUCUCUUUCAUCCAUUUGCUGAAGCUGCCUAUACAGUUAUUCCCUACAUCCUUGCUGUUUCUCCUUUUCAGUUCUUGCCGGACACAUUGAUGGUAUUCAAUUUUCAGGGCCCACUGCUUGAUUUUGGAAGGAAUCCUGUUAUGUUUCCCUGUGUGUGGCUCAAUAGGCAAGGUGUUUUGACUCCAUUGAGUCGUUUUAGACGACCAAUACUUGAAGGUGAUAACUGCUGGCGAGGGCAUGCAGCUGCUUUUCUAAAAUAUGCCAAUGUUGCCCCGGAAGUCCUCCGAAAAGGUCGUGUUAGCCAGACAAAACGCGAGGCUGCCUAUUUUGUGGUUGUUUUACAUGAUUUGAGUACAGUAGUCAUUGCUAUCCGUGGAACUGAGACACCAGAAGAUGUUAUAACCGAUGGCUUGUGUAAGGAAUGUAACCUUACAGUGGAUGACUUGGUUGGGUUGAUCAAUUCUGAUCAGUUGUCCCCUCGACUGAAGAACACCGUUCUCUCAUCUUUUCCACACUAUGGACAUGCAGGAAUUGUUGAAUCAGCUCGAGAGCUGUAUGCAGUACUUGAGGGACAGCCCAUACACCAAGCUGCCAUGGAACUGCCUGAAGAUAAGUCAGACACAGUGACAACUGGAUUCUUAUCUUCUCUUCUUGGGGAUGGUUGCGAGUGCAAUGGGUACAAUAUUGAAAUUGUUGGACAUUCUUUAGGAGGUUCUGUAGCUGCACUUCUUGGUAUUAAGCUAUACAGGCGCUUCCCGAAAUUACAUGUGUAUGCAUAUGGAGCCGCACCAUGUGUGGAUUAUGUGAUAGCAGAUGCAUGCUCACAAUUUGUUACAAGCAUAGUCCACAAUGAUGAAUUCUCUGCACGAUUAUCCAUGAAUUCGGUGAUUAGAUUGCGUAGCUUGGCUGUGAAGGCUCUCUCAAAGACUUCGCCCAAUUCUGGUAAAGUGGGUAAACUAGUUGGUGGAAUCAUGAAUGCCAGAACAGAUGAGAAAAAUGCAAUAGAGCAUUAUGCUUCAAUUGGUGCUCUGCAGACAGUCAGCGACGCUAAGCUAAGUAAUGAUCAAAUGCGUGGAAAGAAUCCAAUGCAUACAAUCAGAGGUGGCUUAUUUCUCUUUGGCAAAGCAAUAUCUUGCUUGGUAAAUACCCCAAAAUAUCGAAUUAGCUCCACAGCAGAAAUUAAUUAUGAGUUGGGCAGAUCUAGAAUGACUACUGCCAGUGAUGGAAGGAAAUGUAUUGUUGUUUCCCGUGGUUUUUCGGAUGUUUCACGCUCUGGAGAAGCUAGUAGUGCACACAGAGAGAAUGGGAUUCGAGAAGGUGACUUCUAUGAACGCGAUGAGGGGUACAGACUGCCUCGUUUCAAUAAUGGUACUGAACUCACAUCUGCUUCAAAUGACCACAUCAGUACAAUAAGCUCAUCUGAUGGACAGUCACCAGAGGUUUAUCUUCCUGGCCUUGUUGUUCAUGUUGUUCCAGUAAAGAAGAGUACCUCUCCAUUGCAGAAGACAACUGUGACUCGUCGCAAGAACAAGAGCUACAAAGCAUUUAUCGCUAAUCGGAAAGAUUUUAUGGACCUUGUUGUGACGCCUCAAAUGUUCCUUGAUCAUCUCCCUUGGAGGUGUCAGUAUGCCAUGCAAAAGGUUAUAGAAACACGGAAAUUGGAGCAGCUCACCCAUGAUUCGUCAGCUGCAGAGGAUGCUGUAUAAAUCUAUUGGCGGUGCUUGCCUUCUUUUUUGUACAUUAGGAUCUAUCGGCAUGCUCUAUGUGCAAUAUUGGUUACUGGUUACAUUAUUGUCCGCAAGUAGAAGAGUUUAUGGCAGAAACAGGCAAUACCAUUCUGAUGAGGAUUACUUGGAAGAUCUCAGCAUUGUUGUACACAGCCUGCUCUGAGAUCAACCGAGAUCGACUCUGUUAUUUAUGAAACCAGUGUUGUAGAUUAUAACCACCAGUGUCGUAGAUUAGAUUAGAACCUAUUUAUAGCAUCAAAUUUUGUUACACAGACUUGGAUAGGCUUGCUCUGAGAUCAACCAGUAUAGUAAAUUAUAAUAAUCAGUCCAUUAGUUAGAUUCUAGCCUAUUAGCAUCAAAAUUCUGUUUCAAACAGUGGUGUACCUUUGAUGCCUUUGUAUCAUUGUAUGGUCAUGUAUGUAGCUAUGAUCCAAUGUACAAUAUGAAGCAUCACCCGGCUGUACAACAUCUGCUUACUGAAUAAAACAUGGGUGUUGGAUGAA